AAAAUUUAAAAAAAUGGCGUCUAAUGAGGAGAAUCCUUUCCAAAAGUUGCUAGAAUGCCUGCCACCUGACGAAUGGAGCAAUAUAAGAGGAGGCUGGAAGGAGAGGCUGAAGCAGAGAGGAGAGAGGAGCAGUGUAUCUGUACAAUCGAUUAAGGCUACCACUAAGCAGCAAACAGUCUUUGAUGAAACUGGCUAUCCUGUUAUAACUCCUUUGAAAUCAUUAGAAGCUGCCCUCAACUGGUUCCCUGGUUAUGAUGAUGCAUGCAUUGCUAGUGUGCCAUUGAUGAAGAGAACAAUAGACCCAUUCUCUUCUCCUAAUGUCAUCAUAUGCCACGAUAUGAUGGGAGGGUAUACCAACGACAAAUAUGUACAAGGUUGUGCUCCUGAUUCCGAUUAUUAUUUCUACCACUGGCAGCACGUCAGUUCCUUUAUUUACUUCUCGCACAAUUUUGUGACAAUACCACCACCAUCUUGGACCAACGCUGCUCACAGAAAUGGAGUGCUCAGUUUGGGGACUAUAAUAACAGAGUGGAAGGAGGGCUCAAUCUUGUGCAUGAAGCUAUUGUCUGAUGAGAGAAUUGUUGAGGCUUUUGUCGAUAAAUUAAUUCAAUUGGCAGUGUAUUAUAAUUUUGACGGAUGGCUCAUUAAUAUUGAGAAUAACAUUCAAGAACAUCAAUUAGAUAAUUUGUUGAUAUUGCUGACACUCCUAACUACUGGUCUUCAUACAGCAGUCCCUGGGUCUAAGGUCUUAUGGUAUGAUAGCGUCAUGUCCAACGGCCAACUCCAAUGGCAAAACAAAUUGAACCACUUGAACAAGCAAUAUUUUGAUUUAUGCGACGGAAUAUUCCUCAAUUAUCACUGGACCAUGGCUGACCUGAAGGACUCACAUUCUCUCGCUAGUCACAGAAACUCGGAUGUGUUUGUUGGCAUCGACGUCUUUGGGCGUGGCUGCUUUGGGGACGGGGGAUACAAUUCUAACAUGGCGUUAGAAGUGAUAAUGAAGAGCGGACUAUCUUGCGCCUUGUUUGCUCCAGGCUGGGUCUACGAGAAUAAUUCAAAGCAUCAGUUUUUUGAUAAUAAUGACAAAUUUUGGUCGCUUCUUUCUCCAUAUUGUCCCCUUUACAGUUAUUCUUCUCUCCCUCUCUCCUUCUCUUUUUCCAGAGGGAACGGUCGCUCGCUUUCCAUCAAUGGCCAAGCCAUAUAUGAUGGAGUUUGGUCUAAUAUUUCAGCUCAGACUAACCAACUGAGUUUUAGCGACAAAUUAUUUCAGAAGGACGGAGAGUGUUCUGUAUCAAUAAAUGUCGUUAAAAUUAGAGACGACAGAAUGGCUUUUAAUAACGGCAGUUGUCUUUCUAUUGAGGGAGAAUGUAGGCGUGAUAACCACACCCCCGCAAUCAUUAGGUUAUUUAAAAUGGAUAUAGAUUUUUCCGGUUUAUUGCUCAUUAGUUAUUCAUAUUAUUCGAGUAGUGAUUCAUUAAUUAACUUAUUAAGGUUAAGGACUGACGGACCAAUCAAAUUCAUUGCGCUUGACACAAUGAUGUCAUCAUCUCAACAAAUGUUGUGCAAUGAUGACGGACUACCAAUAUCGCCAGCUUGUGAGACGCUAUUACCUUUUAUGGUAGACGGGAGAUCUUAUAAAAGAAUAUUGAGUAUAUCUGAAGAAGCCUCAUUAAUUAUUCAUUCAUUGGUUACUGGUAGCGUAAUUAAUAAUGAUAAAUGGAGCACCAGAUAUUUUGUUGUUGAUGCUAAGGAGAUUGGACCUAUUAGAGGAGUUAGUCUUUGUAUUCAAGGUAGUGAGUCUAUUGGUCAGUCUAAAAUUAACUUAUUGAUUGGAGAAAUAAAGUUUCUUCCUUUCUCUGAUGUCAUGGCUCCUCAAUUGCCAAUGGUUGCUGACAUUAAAGUUGAAAGGCUCUUGUCCAUUGCUCCUCUAAGUAUCACGCUUUAUUGGAGUGGCAAUGAUAAUAUUGAUUUUUGUAAUAUUUAUUAUUAUUUUUCUUCAAUUUUCAAGCCUGUUUUUAUCGGUAGGACUUUCACUAAUAGAUUUACUGUUAGUAAAUUAAUUAUUAAUGAUAGUGAUAAUGUUACUUUUAUUGUUCAGUCUGUAACUAACAGUGGGCUCUGCUCAUCUCUUCCCAAUUCUCCCUGUAUAACCAUUUCAUUUUAGUUUUUCUAUUAAUAAUUU